AUGUUCAUUUACGUUAUAUAUAAAGAUCCUCCUGAACUAUCCCUGAUAUUUCCACGUGGAUCCGAGGUUAUUGACUCUUCAGUCGAGAAGACCUUGCUGGUCAACCCAGUGUGUCCAGUGAGGAUCAUACUUGAGUACAUCAGGAAGCACUGUCGCCUCGGCAUCUUCACUCAGUUCGAUUUGGCUGAUGAAAAUGGCUGUCUCAUGAGAUUGUUCCAUCAACCGACAUACGCGUAUGUCACGGAUCAGUUCGAGCAUAAGGGCACGUAUUUUAUUAUCGUUUUUAAGGAGACAGAAAAAAAGGUUGAUGUGUUGCCGCAGCUGAGCUAUGACAACAGACUGCAUUUCGACUUGAAGAUGAAAGUGAGGAAGUUCCUAAUGGGGGGAGACCUCAGCACUUCCACCGUCACUAUGAGCAAGUUACUGGCACCAUCGUCUGCGAGCCGGCUCUCUGCACACCAGCUCAGCAAGGUGACGGUCAAGAAAAAUAAAUAA